CUUAUUAUUGAUCAGCAUCAGUGGCCGGUUGUCUGUACGUAUUAACGCAAGGAUCUCAGAACCUGUAAGAAAGAGACACUUGAAACAAAUACUUCCCGGAGAUAUGACGAUAUGAAGGCGACAUAGCUCUGCCCAACUAAAAACUACAUUAUUUCACACGGAGAUAUUUCAUGCUACCACUGAAUUCUAGGUAUAGCUGUGGAGUGUGAAGCGGAAACGAAUUUGAAUGGAAGUUUUGAGAUCGAGUCCGAUAAGAGAGAACAAACUUUUUUUUAAUUUUGUAUGUGCUUAAGUUGGAAGAAACGUGCUCAGGAUCUGCCCUAGUCGGGAACUCCCGACUAGAUUCUCUUACUUGAUUAAUUUGACAUUGAUUAAAUAUUUUUUCAAUUUUUGUCGAACUGAUAGAUGCGUGUUUGUGGUGCGAUAGAAAACACAACACGAAACCACUUUACAUCGUAUCUAGGGAUUGGGUCAAAUAGUUGGCUAGACUUUGAGAUACGUGCAUGGUUUUGAAUAUCGUGGCUCUUUAAACUUGUAAUAAAGUUAAAUACAGCGGCCAGAAUCAGCCCAGCUGUGGAUUGGAUGCCACUAGGGCCUGGUCCCACAAUCGGUCUUUGAGCUACUACGCCGAGGGCAUUCCCCAGGAUCACUUUUGAGCCAUCUGGUGCGAUGACUACCAGGCGAUAAGAAUUGAGGCAGCGUCUUCAUCAGCGAUUGCCUUGGUGCCGACAUCAUUGCCCACCAUGGUUGUGGGUCAUUUCUAUGUGCCCGUAAACGUCAAUUUUCCCUUCGGAAAAAUCAACUAGAUCAUUAUAUACUAUCAGAUCAAACUUGUUGCAUAGGAAGUUAAGACAACAUAUGCCUUAAUCAGCGCAAAUAAUAAAAUUGUAGAUUAACUUAGCCAAGCGUAGAGUCAAAGCUGUUGAAUCAAAUUAGUUAUACAUUUGCAACGGUUGCUAUUAUAAAACCCAACACUUAUAUCCACAUAAAGGGUGAAGUUGCCAACCAAUUCGAAAGCCUGGUUUACGAGCCAAAAUGAAAGUAUUCCUUGUACUAACUGCUCUGCUAGUCGCUGACACUGUCCUGUCCACUAAGGAGCGCAUUCAUGGCGAGAACGGCUGGUAUGUACCGAAAAUAGACGGCACCAGUAAGUGGAUGGAUCUGCACAAGGCAAAGAAGCUGUUGAUCAACGUAAAAAGAUUCGUUUUCGAUGCUGAUGUCUCCUUCUAUCUUUACACCAAUUCAAAUCCAACCAACGGCAAGAAAAUCAGCGCCUCGAAAGCAUCUAUUUAUGCUUCUCACUUCAACCAAGAUCAUCCGACGCGUUUUGUUAUUCACGGCUGGACGAAGAGCUAUUUGGACUCGUUGAGCCGUAUAAUUACCAACGCUUGGCUGUCACGUGGGGAUUACAAUCUCAUUGUUGUAGACUGGGCGGGUGCUCGCACUAUCUACCUCGCCGCUGUGCUGGCUGUGCCCGGCGUUGGCGCCAGGGUGGGUAAAAUGAUCGAGUACCUUCACGAUAGUCACGGCAUGUCCCUGAAGAGCCUAAUAGUCAUUGGUCACAGCCUGGGCGCCCAUGUUGCUGGUUAUGCUGGCAAGACCGUUGGUAGUGGUCGUAUCCAUACCAUUAUCGGAUUGGAUCCUGCUCUGCCCCUCUUUAGCUAUUACACGCCCAACCGUCGUCUGUCUGCCGAUGACGCCUUCUACGUGGAGACCAUUCAAACUAAUGGCGGCAUUUUUGGUUUUCUUAAGCCCAUUGGCAAGGGCGCCUUCUAUCCCAACGGCGGCAUCCGACAGCCCAACUGCAGUUUACUCGGCUUCUGCUCCCAUGUUCGCGCUGUCAUCUACUAUGCUGAAGCUGUCACCCACAACAACUUUGCAGCCAUCAAAUGCAGUAACUUCAUAGCAGCUAUUGGUAGGGAUUGCAGCAGCCCCUACAAAGAAGUUCGCAUGGGGGCCGUUACCAACGCGAAUAGGGCUGAAGGCACCUACUACGUUCCUGUGAAACAGAAAGCACCGUUUGGCUACAACAAACUACCAACUGAUUUAUAGAAGAGUGUAUUUUUGUGAAACACUUCGAAUAUAAUAGUUUUAGUUAUGGUA